UGUCACAGGCGAACUUUGAUACAUCUACAGGCUCACGGCGACAACACCGAUUAAUAUAUCCAUUGUCAUUAUUCAUUCCAAUUCGACUUAUAGGAUAAGCUAAAUUAAAGCAUUGCCUUUUGAUGCUUUUUAAUCACCAUGACUCAAAGAGUCUCUGAUCAAAGUUUCCGUUCAUCACAUCCAAGUUCCGCCCUCCAUGUUACCCAACGUACCCCGGCUCUUUUCGAAAAUGCAUAUUCCCCCAGGGUUCCUUUCACAGUGAAGGAGAGCCCGGAUCAAUGGGCCACAUAUGAGCACCAUUUGCUUGUUUGUUUGCGCACUGGUGAUGAUAAAUCAGCACACCUUUGCCUUGACCGCUUGACGGAACGAUUCGGUCCAGCCAAUGAGCGAAUAAUGGGAUUAAGAGGUCUUUACCAGGAAGCUACAGCAAAGGAUAAUCCAACUUUGCAAACUAUUCUUGGUGAAUAUGACACUAUUCUACAGGAUAACCCCGUUAAUGUGCCCAUCUUGAAGCGCCGUAUUGCUCUAUUACGCUCAUUGGACAGAGAAGAGGACGCUAUAUCGGCAUUGGUGGACUACGUUGGGGCUUUCCCUACUGAUGCAGAGUCAUGGUGUGAGUUGGCUGAUUGUUACCAAGCCAAUGGUAUGAGCGCACAGGCGAUCUUCAGCCUCGAGGAAGCACUUCUUGUGGUUCCCAAUUCCUGGACUCUUCACGCACGCCUCGCUGAAUUGCUCUACAUCUCAACCAAAUCUGCAGACGCGACGGUCUCUUCCCCACAAAUCUUAGCGAGAUCUAUAAGGCAUUAUUUACGGAGCCUUGAACUUUGUGAUACUUUUGCAAGAGGACUAUAUGGCCUGAUUUUGAUUACUUCACAGCUUAUCCAACACCCGGAAUAUCUAGCAGGCGGUAGUGCAAUUGAUGGACAGGUGCCAUCUAAAGAAGUUCUCGAGAGGCUGAAUUCUAUGGCGUUACAGAAAGCGGAGGCGCUCAUACAAUCGCAGCAGAAAACACCCAAUCCGGAUGUAACGCAGGAUGGCAUCAUUGCCCUGAAAGAGCUGGUGCAGCAGAAAUAGUUUAGAAAGGGCCUUUUCAGUGGGUCUAGGGUUGCUCUCUGCACAUAUGCAUGUGGAUGGCUAUAAUUCUGGGCCUUUGGUAUAUUGCUUUUGGAAGGGGACGACAAACAGCUAAUACAUAUUGUUUUUGAAUGCCCUUGACUGGGGCUUGUGAUACCAAAGUCAACCUCUUAGAGCAAAGGGCUGCCCUAAAUCGCCAAAUUCGUCGGCCAUAUUUCCAUUAGGCACCUGGCAGCAACAGCUGAGCCAG